AUGGCCAGGAUCAAAGUGCUCCUUCUAUGGCUUCUGAUGCUGCCUCCGCUAAAUGGAGCUGAUACCAUGACCUCAGUCUGUGGCCAGCCAGUAUUGGCUCCUCGAAUUGUGGGGGGCCAAAAUGCAAGGAUCGGAGCGUGGCCGUGGCAGGUCAGCAUCAAACAGCGCGGGAGACAUUUCUGCGGCGGGUCUCUUGUGGCUGAGCAGCGGGUGGUGUCAGCUGCUCACUGCUUCUCAAAGGAGGACCUCUCAGGCAUCACAGUGACCCUGGGAGAGUAUGAGCUCCAGAAUCCAAGCCGCAAUGCCGAGACAAUCAUUGUCACCAAAAUAACCGUCACCGCGGAAUUUUCAGGAGUUGGAUCUCCGGGGGACAUUGCCGUUUUGUGGCUCCAAAGGCCCCUGAAAUAUACUGCAUACAUCCUCCCCGUGUGUGUGCCGGAUUCCUCUGCUCAGUUUGCCGCGGGCAUGGGCUGUUGGGUGACGGGAUGGGGACGCAUCAGUUUUGGUGAUUGUGGUCAGGUGGUGGCCGAAAACCGUAUUGUCGGGGGAGAGGACGCCUCUCGUGGAGCGUGGCCAUGGCAAGUCAGUCUCCAGUACAACGGACAGCAUGCCUGCGGAGGGACCCUCAUCGACACCGAAUGGGUCCUGACGGCGGCCCAUUGCUUCCCUGGGAAUUUAAAACUUGAGAACUUUCGGGCAAACCUUGGGAAUUACCAGCUCUUGAACUCAGACCCCAAAGCUGUGUGGUUGAGAAUUUCCCAGGUGAUUGUGCACACGAACUAUGCUGGAGAUGGGACCAGUGGCGAUAUAGCUUUGGCUCGGUUGCAACGCCCAAUCCGCUUCACCCAAGGCAUCCUUCCGGCCUGUCUUCCAGAUGCCAGUGUCCAGUUCCAAGAGGGCGCCUUAUGCUGGGUGACGGGAUGGGGAUCCCCACAAUAUGGAGCUUCCCUUGGGGCUCCUAAAACACUGCAACAGCUCCAGCUGCCCUUGAUAGACAGCUUAGUCUGUGACGCCAUGUACCACAUUGGCACGGGGAUCAGCCCCAGCUGGCGAGAGAUCCAGGACGACAUGAUCUGCGCGGGCUAUGCCAAAGGAGAGAAAGACGCCUGUCUGGGUGACUCCGGGGGCCCUCUGGUCUGCCAAGUGGACGGUGCGUGGUUUCUGGCGGGCAUUGUGAGCUGGGGUGACCUGUGUGCCUUGCCCAACCGCCCAGGUGUCUACACCCGAGUUGGUUUCUACCAGGACUGGCUACAGCAACACCUGCCCAACGUUCAGUUUGGCCUAGUGAACAUCACGGUUUACUCGCUUCCGUCGGCCUCUGCCACCUUGCACAAAGAUUCCUGCUUUGCGCUUCUCCUUGUGGUCUCCUGCCUCACCAGGACGCUUCUUACGUAG